GUUCGCUCCAUCCUGACAAUUGGUGGUUUCUCUUAGGUCCCACUUCCACUGGAUUUUCGUGGCACCAAGACCCGUAUGAUACCUCAGCAUGGAAUGUGCUUCUCGCAGGCGGGCCCAAGCGCUGGGAGUUCUCUAAGACGAGCCCCUUCGUGAAUAAUGCAGAGGCAUUGGAAGUCUAUCAAAAGGCU